AUGCCAAAUGAUAGAAUAGCCUCCAGAGAUUUGGCAAUGGGAAUAAUUUUCUUAUCACAGAGUGUACUUGGAAUCCUGGGCAAUUUCUCUCUUCUUUACCAUUAUCUCUCCCCUUACUACACUAAAGGCAGGCUGAAGUCAACAGAUUUGAUUCUCAAGCACCUGACUAUAGCCAAUUCCUUGGUCAUUCUCUCUACAGGAGUUCCCCAGACAUUGGCAGUUUGGGGGUUGAAACAUUUCUUCGAUGAUUUUGGAUGCAAACUUCUUUUGUAUGUUCAGAGAGUGGGAAGGGGUAUGUCCAUUGGCACUACCUGCCUCUUGAGUGUCUUCCAGACCAUCGUGAUCAGCCCCAUUAACUCCAGGUGGAAAGCUCUUAAAAUAAAAUCCCCGAAGUACAUUGACCGCAUCAUUCACUACUACUGGAUUCUGUAUAUAGUGGCAAAUUUCAUUUUUCCUGUGUAUGCAGUUGUCAAAUGGAACAGUAAGAACAUCACACAGAAAAGAGAUUUUGGAUACUGUUCUAGUAUAGGUCAUGACAAAAUAGUAGACUUAUUAUAUGCCGCAUUACUUGUAUUUCCUGAAGUUUUGUUUUCUGUGCUCACAAUCUUGUCUAGCGGAUCCCUCAUUUUCAUUCUGUACAGGCAUAAGCAACAGGUCCAACAUCUUCACAGGACUAACAUGUCCUAUAAAUUUUCUCCUGAAUGGAGAGCCACCAAAAGCAUCCUUGUCCUCGUGAGCACUUUUGUGACUUUUCACACCUUCUCCUCCGUCUUUUAUGCUGGUAUUGGUGUAUUUUAUAAUCUCAGUUGGUGGUCGGUGAAUUCUGGUGCCCUAAUGUCUGUGUGUUUUCCCACUGUCAGCCCCUUUGUUCUCAUGAGUCGUGACUCUACCAUAUUCAGACUCUGCUUUUUCUGGGUAAAAAAUAGAAAAUUCUCUAAUCUCAUUUUAAAAAUGUAA